AUGAGCGGGAUCCUGCGGGAAUUCGAGCAGAUCCAGCAGGAGCAAUCCAGCGGGAGCAGUGGGGCCCCCCUGAGCCGGAUCCUGCAGGAGUUCGAGCAGAUCCAGCGGGAGCAGCGCGAGGCCAACGCCUGCACCGAGCGCCGGGAGUGGUGGGAGCGCCGCUCCCGCCUGGACCUGCGCAUGCAGAGCCUGAUCCAGAGCCUGGACUCGGAGGUUUUGGGGUGCUGGAGGGGGCUGCUGCUGCCCCAGGAUCCCGGGAACUGUCCCCUGGAUGAGCAGGAACUGUCCCAGCUGCUGCAGGAGCUGCAGGAGUGCGGCUGGGAGAGCCCCAACCCCGCCCUGCUCCAGACUCUGCUGGCCGCUCUCUCUCCGGCCGAUCUGCGCUCCCUGGCCGUGUCCGUGUGUCCGGCCCGGCCUCUCUUGCAGAUUUUGGGGUUCUGA